AUGGUGCGAGAUACUACGAGCCGCUCAUGGCGAACUGUUGCGGCCGCUGGUCAGCGCCCUCGGUUACACGAUCCUCCGCAAGUUGAUGGUGAUCGACGACGGCCGGCGGAAGACGGCGAGGGCGAAGCGGCUGAAGGCACCGAGCAGGUUCCAACGGGAGAGAACUUGGGAGGUGUCGAUGCAGACGACACCGGCACAGCUGACGCUGUUGAGCCGGUAGAUCCUUGGGCCGACUUUUACCGAGGACGCGAGCAGCAGCCCGAGCCCACAGCCUGGAGGGACGACGACUGGAGCGGCACGGCCAGCUGGAAGGAUGGCUGGCAUGAUUGGAGGCCUGCGGCCACUGACCGCCGGGCCUCGGCGACUUCUGCUUCUACGGGUUGCUUGACCGAUCGCCAGGUGGGGAACUUCUACACCACGGCGAUCGGCGAGACGACGGCCACCGACCACGGCCGUUGGGUCGGCACCCGGCGCUGGGAGCCCAACCAAGCAGAUGCAUGGGACCUUGGCGAUGGAGCCGGGGAUGGCUGGCGCUCCGAAGGGCGUGACUCCCGUGGGCUACGAGGCCAGGUCUUACGUGCGCCGAGUGCAGGUCUGGCUCCGGUGCACCAAGCUUCCGGUGCGCCAAAGCGGAUUGGCGCUGUACUCCUCUUUGAAAGGGAAGGCCUGGAUCUACGCCGAAGAGCUGGACGUCGACAUUUUGGCUUCCUCGAGUGGAUCCAGGCCAGGUUCAUGGAGAUGGAGGUCUCCAAGAUCUCCCAGAUGAUGACCCACCUUUUUAAGAGGUGCAAGCGCAGGCAGGACCAGCCGGUGCGUGAGUUCAACGUGGAGUUCGAGCGCUUGGUGCUGAGGCUUCGCGAGGUUAAGUGUGAGCUCCCUCCUUUGGUGAAGGCCUGGCUCUACCUCGACAAGCUCAGGCUUUCUGAAGGAGAAGGCAAGGCCCGACCGAGGCCGGCGGUGGCGGAGGGAGCUAUCGCGGAGGCCAACGGCGCUGGCGCAGAGGACUCCGACGACGUCCUAGUCGACGAGGUCACGGCUGCGGAACACCACACAGCCUUUGUUGCCUACCAAGCGGCCAAAGAGAAGUACCGUGAAGCCAUCAAAGGGCGAGGCACGGACCCCGGCGGAUUGAAACGCCGGAGCGAGGAGUGCCUGCGCCAGGCGAAGGCACGCUCCUACUGCGGAGCUUGCAAGAGACGAGGGCAUUGGCACAAGGACCCGGAGUGUCCUUUGCGUGGCCGCGGACGUGCCGCCGAUGCGCAGAUGUGCAACCAGGUGUUCAUGAUAACGAACGCCGACGAGCUCGACGAGGAGGCGCCGAGCUACCCCACCGCGACGGUCGAGGACGACCACGAUUACAAGAACUUUGGAGCAGACGGCGGAGAGAAGGGGCGCACCAUCAAGGCCCAGGGGUGCCCAGUCUGGCUUGCUGGUUCCGGCCCCGCGCCCCACCAACCUCGAGGCGAUGCCGUGGCUGGCUACCAGUGGUUUGAGGACUACUGCCGGCUGAUGGACGGGCUCGGGGUGGCCGUGUGGACCCGCGAUCACUUUGAUAGCUUCAAGUUUGGGGCCUCCCGGGUGCACGUCUCGAAGUUUGCUGUCCUGGCCUGGUUCGCGAUUCAAGGGAAAUGGUUCCUGGCCGACAUUGCCAUCGUGCCGUGCGAGGUUUCUCAGUAUCCGGCCGAGGGGCCGCCGCUGGCCAAGGUGCCGGAGUUUGACGUGAUUUGGUGCCCGAGCGCGUGUGCAUACAUGUCUUCAGCCAUGCCUUUGCCACUUUCCAGUUCACAGGCCACGCCUCUACCGCCAAAGGCCCUGAAGAACAUGUUCUACCCCAAAAAGGUUGCCCCCGAGGUUCACAACAUGCUGGCUGGGGCUUGGGCUUGUGGUGGGCAUGCCUUUUCAGCAUGGUGGAAAGGGGCAAACCAAAGCAAAGAUUUCUGGCUGGAAACGGAGGGCGAGAUGGUGCGGGUUCACGUCAUACCUAGGAAACGGCCCUUCGACCCCAACCUGUGGACCACCAAGCACGACAAUCUCAAGGACGACCUUCCGAGACGCCUGGGUGCCGAGCGCGUCACCGAGGCCAUUCCUUGUCUUGUCGAGGGCAUCGCAGUCCAGCAGCAUAGCAGUGCAUGGCGGCAGUCGGAUUCUGAAGGAUUGUGCCUAGAGCUUCGCGAGCUGUCCAAGAUUGGGCUCUGGGUCGGCCGCAGCCGCUUUCCGAAGCAGCUUUCCAGCAACCCCCAAUUCGAGAACUUGAUGUCCUCCCUGAAGUCACCAUGGAAGAUGAACAAGCGGGAGCUGACCCUGGAGCUGGAGGACUACGAGGUGUUGAUCCACGCGACGUGGACCGUGCCAGAGCUCCGGAGCAUGGUGAUCGAGCAGCGCCAGGCCAGAGAGUUGACCAGCAAGAAGGGCCGGGGCGAGGGGGAUCCCAUGGCCGGCCUUUCCAAGAUGACCCUCGCCCAAUUGAUCGAAGAGGCCCAGAAGCAAGGGGUGGCAUUGCCCACUCAGCCGACGAAAGGUGUGAUCAUGAGAUUGCUGAUGCGCGAUGCGACGACCACCGAGGCCACCACGAUCAUGCCGUUCGGGAAAUACAAGAACUGGUACUACAAGGAGGUGCCGGUGGCUUAA